AUGAACCAGACCUCUGUGUAUUCUGAGCGCGUUGUACAAACCUCGGACUUUUCGCGACUUAAGCAGAGCCUGUCAUUUUGGCGCGAAUCGGUCGCGCAAAUCUUUUACGACGUUGACUGCCGUAUUUUCAACAUUGAAUACUGA